GUUAUAACUUACAAGGAGCGAGACUUUCAGAACCAAGAACAAUUUUUGAAAUUUUUAUUUAAAACUCCAAAACGGUGGUUCCUUCUAUAAGGGUGGUUAUGAAUUCUAAACGUAUAAACAAAAGAAAUGGUAGAUCUAAAUUAAAAACCUUUAGAAUGAAAUUCGUUAAGCACCAGGUGUCAAGAGUGUGAAUAUAACAGUCGUUUCCAUGGUAAAUACGUUUGUAAGUCACAACAAUGCAAUUGAAUUCUUUAAAUCAUAAAUUUUUUGCAUGAACCACGAUAUUGGAGUUAUGAAGAAAUGCAAGCCUAAUGUUAUGAUAAAUUCAUAUUUGAUUAUUUCAAUCAAGUAAAAAGAAGGCUGCCAAGUAAGUUCUGACGCAGAAAAUAUUAAGUAUUGUUGACAGGAAUGAAAAUCAAUAGAAUAGGGAAUAUUGAAGAAAAAUCACUCAAAUAUUACAAAGAAUUAUCCCCAUUGCCACUAAAAUAAUUAUCUACCCCGAUUUCCAACACGAGGAUGCGUUUGUUAACAGGUAUAACACUUACUUGGCAAGUCCCCUCUUUGGAAAAUCACAAUGGUCUCUUUUUAUCUCACCUAUGAAGAAUCGUACUCACUACAGCAUUCAGAACACUGGCCGAAUGCAUGGAAAAGAAUAUAUUUAUAGCAUUCGAAGUGUUAUUGCUGACCACAGCCUCUGGGAGAGUAGUAAAACCAAUCGGUGAGAAAGAGGGAUUUUCUAUUUACAACAAACUAUAUGAGUUUGACGCCAUGGUUUUCGGCCAAAUGUGUAGAAUGGUUAUGACAUCCGUGAGUGGACAUCUGUUGAACUAUGAAUUUGUUGGGACUUACAAAAACUGGCAAUCUUGCAGCCCUGAGUCUUUAUUUUCAGCUCCAGUUAUUAAAUCCUGUUCUCCUGAUUUUGAAAGAAUUAAGAAAACUUUAGAGUCCCAGUGUCGAUCUUGCAAUGUGCUUAUCAUUUGGACUGAUUGCGAUCGUGAAGGAGAAAAUAUUGGUUUUGAAAUAAUUGAUACUUGUUUAAAAAUUAAACCCAACCUAGAUGUUUAUAGAGCAAAAUUCUCAGAAAUAACUUCUCCUUCAGUCAAAAGAGCUAUUCAAAAUCUUGAAAGACCGAACAAACUAAUUAGUGAAGCUGUAGAUGUAAGACAAGUUUUGGAUCUUCGAAUAGGAGCAGCUUUCACACGAUUUCAAACUCUAAGAUUACAGAAAGUAUUUCCUGUUUUAGCCGAAAAUUUAUUAAGUUAUGGUAGUUGUCAGUUUCCUACUUUAGGGUUUGUGGUUGAGAGAUAUUUAGAAAGAGAAAAUUUCAUAGCUGAGCCGUUUUGGAAAAUAAAAGUCACACAUGAAAUGAAUGAUUUGGUAGUAGAAUUCAGGUGGGCAAGAGAUCGAUUAUAUGAUGAAGCAAUUUGUAGGUCAAUACUGUCCAGGUGUCAAGAAAAUCCAAUCGCAAAAGUUGAAAAAGUAGAAGGAAAACCAAAGUCUAAAUGGAGACCUACACCUUUGGACACUACAGAAAUGGAGAAAAUUGCUUCAAGAAAAUUGAAAAUAAAUGCAAAAGAAGCUUUAAGAAUAGCUGAGAAACUUUAUACACAGGGUUUAAUUAGUUAUCCAAGAACUGAAACAAACAUAUUUCCUGAUUCUAUUAAUUUAUCCUCACUUGUAGAAUUACAAACUAAAGAUCCUAGCUGGGGAGGUUUUGCUCGAAAUGUUCUUCGGGAAGGUCCUCGUCCAAGACAAGGGAAAAAAUCAGAUCAAUCCCAUCCACCUAUACAUCCAAUAUUGUACUCAAAUUCCUUAAGUGGAAAUGAAGCUAGAAUAUAUGAGUUCAUUGUUAGGCAUUUCCUAGCAUGUGUUUCUAAAGAUGCUAAAGGCCACGAAACAACUGUAAAAAUUGAUAUCAAUGGAGAAAAGUUUACAGCGUCAGGUUUGAUGAUUCUUGAAAGGAAUUAUUUAGAUGUCUACCCAUAUGAGAAUUGGUCGGCGAAAUGCAUUCAUGAAUAUAAACAAGGCACCACUUUUACUCCAACUCUUCUGGAUAUUUCUGAAAGUGAGACAACAGCUCCCAAUUUACUGACUGAAGCAGAUUUGAUUUCUCUAAUGGAAAAACAUGGAAUCGGAACUGAUGCUACACAUGCAGAGCACAUUGAAAAAAUAAAAAUACGCUCCUAUGUCGGCCUUGAAAAUAAUACUUAUUUUAUCCCAAGCGCUAUAGGGAUGGGAUUAGUUGAAGGAUAUGACACUAUGGGUUUUGCGAUGUCUAAACCUCACUUGAGAGCUGAGCUUGAAGCCGAUCUGAAAAGGAUAUGUGAAGGAACUAAACAAUCUAACAUAGUUCUUCAGGAACAAGUUAAUAAGUAUAAAGUCCUCUUUCAAAAAGCAAAAGAGCAGGUGAAUAAAAUUGAUGCAGCUAUGAGUAAGUACAUGGGAGAAAAUGCUAUCCACUUAGCAGAUAAUGAAGAUCCACUCAAUGUUAUAAUGACUCGAACUGCAUCAGUCAUGCCUUGUAAUACAUGUGGUAAUGAUAUGGUUGUUAGAAAACAUCAAGAAACUUUAUACAUUUCUUGUUCAGCUUAUCCUGCCUGUAAAAAUUCUAUUUGGCUACCAUCUAAAGUGAUGCAGCUCUCAAUUUCAGAAGAAAGUUGUGAAACUUGUGGACCAAAUGUGAAAAAACUAGAAUUCAAAUUUUCACCUGGCUCUAUGGCACCAUAUUAUCCGCAGCAUUAUAUUGGUUGCCUUAAUGGAUGUGAUCAAGAUUUUAUUGAAAUGUUGGGGGUGAAACUCGGACAAACAAAUUCAGGUAGCAAUCCUUCCCUAGCUACUCAAGUGUCUUAUAACUAUACUCAAGCUUCUACAUCAUCAGGAUACCAUUCAUUAAGCUCACUUCAAAGUACUGAUACAGAUGAUACUUGGGACAGAGGAGGUGGGAGCAACAGAGGUCAGAAAAGGCUAAGAGAUGAUAAUGCUGGAAGGAAUGAUGGUGAUGUUCCGUGUUGUUUUUGCAACAUACCUGCCAAAAAACUCGUCACCAGGAAAGAGGGUCCUAAUAAUGGAAGAGAAUUUUUGGUUUGUUCUAAAAACGAUGAUGAAAAAUGCAACUAUUAUAUGUGGGCAGAUGAGUUAACAGAUGUGAAAUGCUACUGUAACAUUUCGGCAAAGAAGUUAGUAGUUAGAAAACCAGGCCCUAAUCAAGGCAAAGAGUUUUAUGCUUGCUCCAAAUCUCAGGCAGAUAAAUGUAACUUCUUUCAAUGGAAAAAUGAAAAUGCAGAAAGUCACUUUAGUAAUACAAGCAAUAAACAAGAUCACACAAGAACACCUCAACAGUUUCGAGGAAGAGGACAAAAUAGUGCACGAGGAAACCAAAGAAAAUGCCGACUUUGUCAUCAACCAGGUCACACCAGAAGGAAUUGUCCCCAAAAUGGAGAAUGA